AUGGGAUGGGACGUCAUAGGAGGAGGGUGGAGGAAGGGCCCUUGGACUGCAGAAGAAGACAGGUUGCUCAUUCAAUAUGUCAAAUUGCAUGGUGAAGGAAGAUGGAAUAAUGUAUCUAGGCUUGUAGGAUUGAAAAGGAAUGGGAAAAGCUGUAGAUUGAGAUGGGUAAAUUACCUUAGGCCAGACCUGAAGAGGGGACAGAUAACCCCACAUGAAGAGAGUAUAAUCCUUGAGCUACAUGCUAGAUGGGGUAACAGGUGGUCAACAAUUGCUAGAAGUCUACCAGGAAGAACUGACAAUGAAAUCAAGAACUACUGGAGGACUCAUUUCAAGAAAAAAGGAGAAGCUUCUUCGGAAAAUCCUGAAAAACGGCGAGCCCACCUUCUGAGAAGGCAACAAUUUCAAUUACAGCAGCGAGAAAAACAAGAAGAUCAAAUAAACAUGAAGAAAGUCAUAUCAUUGCUUGACGAGAGUGAAAAUAGUGUGCCAACUCUGGCUCAAAUGAAGCAAGAAAUCAUAUAUCGGAACGCGUCAGAUGAUCUUGGCUUCCUAUAUUCUAUGAUCAACGGCUAUGCAACCGGACACGAUGCCUCAAGUGAGGACAUUUUAUGGGAAUGUUUGUGGAAUUUGGAUGAUUUUCAUGGAAACAUAGCUAAACAGCAAACUUUGGUUGCAAAUUUCCAUUGA